AGAAACGAAUAAACGUGGAACGUGGUCGUGUUUCCAAACGGAGCAUUCGACCGCCAACUCUCGCGUAUAUUGCACGUAUCUACUGAACGCUCCCGCCAGCGAAACUUUACUCGCACAUUUCGAUAAAACGUGAAUGAAGUGCUGUUUUUGAACGUUUUUAUUUAAAUACUUUCUUUCGUCUGACAGUUUUGUUUUGUGUUGGUUAUUUUUGUUUGUUUUGUGACUGCACAUUGGAGGUGUUCCGAUUAUUUUCAAUUCUGCCAACUGUUUACGGGUUACGCCGGACGAGAGAUCCCGCCCGUUAUAAUGUGAUCGGCGCACGACGACGCGCGUCUCUCCUCAAGGUGUUUGCGAUGUGGUACACGUGGACGUUAUUGCUGGUGUCGUGUGCACUGGUGAAAGCGGACGUCGCGACGGGAGUGGAGACGUCCGAACCGGUGACCACCAUCGGUUCCACAACCCUUCAGCCCGCCGAAACCGAAUCAACAACUGUCUCAAUAAUAGAGGAAUCCUAUGGCACUACAAUAGAAAACUUUGAUCAAGAAGCAGCAGCGGCGAAACCUGUAACUACUACCCGCCCGCCACCUCUUACCCUCGACCGGCAAGCAGGAGAACUCGCUUGGCGAUCUUGGCUUCAAAGUCCUGAGAGCGGAAACCAGAAUGCACCGCCAAGGAGAAUCAUAACCAAAUCCUUAUUUAUCACGCCUCUUGUAUGCCCCAAAGGACAACGGCUCGAUCGCAAUGGUUGUGUUCAGGUCAUGACCGUAAACAAAGACGAACAUGAACGGAUUCUUCUCGAACAACUGAACGCACUAUUCCCAUCAGUUUCUAACGGAGACGUAUUAUACGACUACGAUGAUGACGAGCCCGGACCACUGCAACUCUCUAUACCCAUCGGUUUAGAUCCUCAAGCAGCGCCACUACAAAGUCAAGAGCCAUCUGCGCAGGCUCAAGAUCUUCAACCAAGCUAUGUACAAAUUGAUAAAAAGGAUAAUACUACCUCCAACGGUGAAGUCAGUAUAGAAGCUGAAUUAGAACUUUUAAAACUUCAAAAUUCUAACAACUCUGCUACAGAUGGCACCGACGUAUUGAACCAUAAUGUUAUGAAUAAUUUACUGGCUCUCGCGGAUAAACCAAAACGAGACAGUCCCGUUAACAAGUCAACUGUUCCAGCACCCAAUGCCACAGACGAAGGACAAAAAGAAUUAGUUUACGGACAUGUCAAUGUAGAUCCUGUUCUUUAUGGCGCAGAAAAUGCAAAUCAACACACUAUGAAUAAUGGACAAUUGGUAGUAUACAAUAAAACAUCAAUAAAUAUCGACAACAUCAACACAAAUUCAUCAAGCCAAGAGCUCAAGACAGAUUUGGAAGGAACUACUAAACUUAACCCAGAGAAUGAUUACUCGGACAUUGGAGAAGCAAUUAAACUUAUAAGCCGUUAUGCUGAAGUAACCACAGAUGACAACUUCUCGAAAAAUCAAAAAAAAUACGCUAUAAAAGAUGACGGCAUACUGGGCACCCGUACAAAACUACAACAUCGGCGUAACAGACCGAAACCAGACACCGUGCAAGCACGUGUGCCGCCUGAAUUAAUUUCCAAAGAUAAAAUACCUCUUCAUGUUGGUUUACCUAAAACUGAAUCGUAUUACCGUUAUCCAUGGAUAGGCCAACAUUCGCCAACUCCACCUCCAGACUAUCCAUUCCGGCACUUGCAAGAUUACUGGCCCGGCCGAACCCAGGUCGGAGGAGUGUAUAAUAUUCACGAGAAUCCAAGACGCCAUCAUCAUUCAUAUCCGCACUACUUUAAACCUCGUGGAUACUAUGUGGGCAACGGCGCAAUCUAUAAUGGACAAGACAAUCGUUCUGGUCCCCUUCAGUUUUAUCCCCACAUGGUAACCCAACGUCAUGCAAUUCCAAUGCAACCCCGCGUCAAUAACCAGGACCUCUACAGCCUCCUCGGUUUGAGGCAUUGGUUCAGCAGUGAAGGCACAUCAAAAAGAUAGCUGUUUUUUUCACAACUAGACAAUUCGAUGUUACCCGACGACGUAUAAUGGAAGCUAUGGGAAAUAAUGAAUAUAGCAUGUAAAAGCUUUACAGCUAAUUUAGCUUUCAACUAAUAGCAAUUAGGUUUAGUUUCAAAAAUGUAUAAGAGCUCUUUGUACUUAUUUUUUUAUCUAGGUACCUACCUUUCAUUUCUGUCCAUAGCUUUCAAUAUAUUAGCCUAUUUAUUUCAAAGCCAAAUACUAGAGUCAUAAUUAAG